CAACAGCAAGCAAACGCAGCCUAGCUACCUCUCACAUCACACACGCACGAUGCUCACCGCCAUGCAGCACAUGGACUCCUCCGCCUACGCAUCCUCGCCCUCGGCGUCGCCGUGGCAGCAGCUCCUCACGGCCCAACGCGGCCACCUGUUGCCCUACGACUACGAGGGUCUCACGUCCGUCCCCGCCGCGGCGCACGCGCCGGCGGCGCACCAGCAGCACAGACCCGCGCGCCGCGUCGCCAGGCGGCGGCCGCGCCCGUCGCGGCGGCUGCCCACGACCUACAUCAGCGCCGACCCCGCGGAGUUCCGCCGCAUGGUGCACCAGGUCACGGGCGCCGACGAACUCCUCCUCCCGCCGGUCCAGCAGCAGGCGGAGGGGCCCCUCCUCCCCAAGCUCGCCGCCCGCGCAGCGCCUUCGUCGGCCGGCGGGGCACUGCUGCUGCCGACGCUGGACACGUCGUCGUUCCUGCUCGGCGGGUGCAGGGCGAGGCCGUCCACCGCGCGGACGGGUGCGAUGCCAGCGCCGACGACUCCCGACGGGUCGCUCCCGCUGGACAGCACUAGCGGCGGCAGCAGUAGCUGUGGUUUCCCGACCUUAGAGUCGUGGGAUCUUCUCUGAACCCACCCGCUAUGCCCUCUCUGCACACAUAUGCAUGGUGCUUAUGCCUUCUGGUUGUGACUAGAGCUUGAUUAUUGGCAACCAUAUAUGUGUUCGUCUUGUUGUUACUCUGAGCUUAAUUAUUCCGUUUAUGUUGUGAUUUCCUCAUACAUAUCUAUGAUUGACUCGUACUAUGUCUCUC